GGCGAAACAAACCGGGUCGAUAGAUUUCCGUCGCGAAACCGUUGCUAAAGAAACUAUGUGAUUGUGCCACCUAUAUCGUGUAAACACCCAAAACGCGAUUCGUUGAUCCUACAAUCAUGUCCGGUGGAAAAAGGAAUUCGUCUGGAUCGUCUCCCUGGAGACACAAAUCCUACGAACGACAUCGUUUGAAAGUAAAGAAAGCCACGUGCGCCAUAGACGUGAAUCCUCCACAAGGUAGACCACACGUUGCUUUCAAUGCGAAAGGAUUACAACUGGAACGAGAAAAGCAGGAUCGUAUCGUCAGGGAGAAUUUCAUCCUUCUGAAAAAGCUUCGCGAUAUUAUGCACCGAAAACGACCAGUCGAAGAGAGUCAUAGGUUGAAAUGGGACGAAUCUGGAUGCAUCAGAACUCGCUAAUACAGAUAGUUUCAUCCAUAUGUAUAACCAUAUACAGUAGAAUGAUUGUGUCUUCAUAGAUUAAAUUUUUUUUUAAAUAUUCUUACUACUUCAUUUUCACUUUAAUCAACGAUGUUGUUAUAUUUAUUUCUACUGAGUUUUUCGAACGAAGAAAUUUACUUUUCAUAGAUUACAUUCGAAUAACAAUCGAUGGGUUUUUGAAACAAUUUUGGGUAAUCUCUUUUUCUAUAAACUCCAGAGAGACGACUUGUUUGCCCACGAAAUAAUGCAUCACUGAUUUUGUAUUUACAUCACACAUUGCUAUCGUAACCCCACACGUAAUAUUUCCAAUAUUUAUAUCUUUCUAAUAAACAAACGAACGUGAAUCGAAUGUCGUCUUUUACUCGAUAUCGAAUCGUUACCCAGUUUACGAAAACUACCAAGAAUUUAUUGUCUCUUUAAAUUUAGUGAUUUAGUUUAUCUUUGUUUAUUAAGAAC